GGAAAAUAGAAGGAAUAUUUUGCAUUUUUUGUUUGUUUAUUUAUAACAUUGUUUUUAACUAUUAUAGAAGUUUGCUUGUAGUUAUGUAAUUUAUCACUUUUUACGAAAACAAUAUUUAAAUGGUCAUUUGAAUGAUCAAAACAACUUUAUUGACACCGCGAACACGAAACUGCAUCAAUAAGGUACAAAAGAUGGCUCAGCUUAUUCAAGAUUUCAAACCCGGUCCAUUGGAUCUGUACAGAAAAAGGGCAUCGUUCGAUUGGAAAAAGUUAAAGGUAUAUUUGGAAACGGAGGAAGUUAUCCAAUUCCAGGAAAAUCUGUACAAAACUCUUCAAAGCAUCCCAUCGUACAAAAUAAAAAAUAUAACUUCGAAAUCACUCGACGAACAACGCAAAAUCACAUUCAGAAGGGCGUGCGACAUAAAACAAUUGGAGCUAUUUUCUAUACCCAACAUAGUGAGGAAUUUGAGAUAUUCAUCAGCAUUAUGCAGGAUAUUUACUGUCUUCGAUGACCACACGUACAUCAAACUUACAGUCGGGGAGAAUCUGUUCUCCCAAUCAAUAAUGAACAUGGGCACAGAAAGGCAUCAACAGUUUAUCGAUGACGCUAACGAUGGAAAGAUAUUCGGCAGCUACUGCUUGACAGAAAUAGGCCACGGCAGCAAUGCCAGGGGAAUGCGCACAACAGCCACCUACGACAAGGCCAAGAAAGUGUUCGUACUGAACUCUCCGGAUUUCGAGGCAGCCAAAUGUUGGGCCGGUGGUUUGGGCCAAACCGCAAUGUACGGUACAGUGUACGCCCAGCUCGUGCUGGACGGUAAACAUUACGGUUUGCACGCUUUCGUCGUACCAAUCAGAGACCCUAAAACGUUGCUGCCCUAUCCGAACGUCGAAGUGGGCGAUAUGGGUGAGAAGAUCGGCUUAAACGGUGUGGAUAAUGGUUUUGUGAGGUUUAAAAACUACGAAAUUCCCCGUGCUAGUUUGCUGAACAAAGUGGCCGAUGUGACUGAAGAUGGUAGAUACGUCACGCCUAUUAAGGACCCUAAGAAACGUCACGGUGCUGCUUUGGGUUCUCUAUCGGCCGGUCGGGUUAACAUUGCUUGCAUGAGCGAAUCGUUGGGCGUCAAGGCCAUCACUAUUGCUAUCAGAUACGCGGGCGUCCGGAAGCAAUUCGGACCCGAAGGUAAAGGAGAAAUACCCAUUUUGGAAUACCAAAGUCACCAACUUCGCUUGUUGCCGUAUUUAGCAGCGGCGUACGUUCUGCGCAACUUUAACACUUGGAUGUCUCAAUGUUUCCUUCAAUUUACCAUCGACCAAGUGAUGGGCAACGCGAAAUCUGACGCGCCGGAGAUGGGCGUAGAAAUCCACGGAGUGUCGUCCGCUGGCAAACCCAUGGCCGGAUGGAUAAUGAAAGAGGCCGUACAGGAAUCGAGAGAAGCCUGCGGAGGACAUGGAUAUUUGAAAGUAUCCGAAUUUGGUGAUGUCAGAAACGAGCACGAUCCUAAUCUAACGUACGAAGGUGAAAAUCAUAUUUUAAUACAGCAGACUAUAAAUUGGCUGUUGAAAUUCUGGCCGCAGAUUCUGGAAAACAGAGCUAUUUCCAGUCCGCUCGGCUCGGUGGAUUUCCUGUCGCGUGGUCAGGACAUUUUGAGACACAGCACGUUUGAUUUCAGGGGCAUCGAUGAGUUGUGUCAUCCAGAAAGUAUAAUUAAAAUUUACCAAUGGUUGGUCGUGUAUCUGCUCAAAGCUACGCACGAAAAAAUCGAAGAGCAGGUGAAGGCUGGGAAAGAUUUAUUUGCAGCUAAAAAUGAUAGUCAGGUGUAUUUCGGGAAAAGUAUGGCAAUGGCCUUCAUCCAACACUUUUUCCUUCAAAGAAUGCUAGUGACGAUAAAGGAAGCGGACGAUUUAGCUAUUAAAGCGGUUCUAUCGAAGCUGUUUUCUCUGUUUGGUUUGUGGUGCAUCGAAAAGUACCACGUGACGACUCUGUAUAAAGGAGGUUUCGCUGUGGGUACUUUACCGCCCGCUUUGAUCCACGAUUCUAUAUUGAAAUUGUGCGCUGAUAUAAAAGAUGAUGCCAUAGCUCUAAUCGACGCCAUAGCGCCGCCAGAUUUUCUACUCAGAUCCGCCUUGGGUGCUUCCGAUGGUCAGGUGUAUAAACAUCUGGAAGAUUCGUUUUACAAUAAUGAGUACUGCAUGAAUCGACCGCCUUGGUGGCGUGAUAUAAUUAAACAAACUCAGUCUCAUUUUAGCAAACUUUAGGAUAAAUUUUGAAAAUGAGUUUUUUGUUGAAUUGAAGGAUAAGGUAAAAAAGACAUUAAUUCGUAGUAUAGGUUAAUGAUAAGGGAAAAAGAGAUAUAUGUAAGGUAAUCAAAAUUAAAUAUACAGUUUGUCUGAAAAAGUUAGCAACAUAUGGGAAACUUUUUUAUUGUAAGUUUUACGAAAAAAAGUUAUUCUUUAUGAAAAUCUCAAUACAUUCCAUCUAGUUAGUGUGCAUUGAAAUCGAAAUGCAAUUGUAACUAAUGUAACUAAAAUUGAAAACGUCAGUAAUUGUACUUCAAAAAGUAGCAAAAAUGCAUAUUAAAACAUAGUUUUCCAUUUCGAACAUUUUUUCAUAA